GCGGCAUUCUGGCGCGGAGCUGAGCGGCGGCGGUCGCAGCUAGCGGGUCGGGCGCGGAGCGGGGGUGCAGCUCGGUUUCCCCCCGAUACCCCUCCCCCUCAGGCGCGAGCCCCACCCCUCUGCCGGCCAAGCCGACCCCGUCGAACUAUCCCCUGCGGCGCGAGCCCGGGGCGGCUCCGGGCGCCCCCCAGCAGACCCCCCAUCAUGGGCAGCCAGAGCUCCAAGGCUCCCCGGGGCGACGUGACCGCCGAGGAGGCUGCAGGCGCUUCCCCAGCUAAGGCCAACGGACAGGAGAAUGGCCACGUGAAAAGCAAUGGAGACUUAUCCCCCAAGGGUGAAGGGGAGUCGCCCCCCGUGAACGGAACAGAGGAGGCAGCCGGGGCCACUGGCGAUGCCAUCGAGCCAGCACCCCCUAGCCAGGGCGCUGAUGCCAAGGGGGACGCCCCCGCCAAGGAGACCCCCAAGAAGAAGAAGAAGUUCUCUUUCAAGAAGCCUUUCAAAUUGAGUGGCCUGUCCUUCAAGAGAAAUCGGAAGGAGGGUGGGGGUGAUUCGUCUGCCUCCUCACCCACAGAGGAAGAGCAGGAGCAGGGGGAGAUCGGUGCCUGCAGCGAGGAAGGCACUGCCCAGGAAGGGAAGGUUGUUGCCACCCCCGAGAGCCAGGAGCCCCAGGCCAAGGGGGCAGAGGCUAGUGCUGCCUCCAAGGGAGGAGACACAGAAGAAGAGGCAGGGUCCCAGGCCGCCGGCCUGUCCACUCCCUCGGGGCCGGAGAGUGGCCCUACACCUGCCAGCGAGCAGAAUGAGUAGCUGGGUGGGGGCAGGUGGGUGAUCUCUAAGCUGCAAAAACUGUGCUGUCCUUGAGGUCACUGCCUGGACCUGGUGCCCUGGCUGCCUUCCUGUGCCCAGAAAGGAAGGGGCUGUUGCCCCCUCCCAGCCACAUUCCCUUUCCUCUUCUCCCUCUUGUGGAUUCUCCCAUCAUCCACCUGGUCUUCCUCUUAAGGCCAGUUGAAGAUGGUCCCUUGCAGUUUCCCAAGUUAGGUUAGUGAUGUGAAAUGCUCCUGCCCCUGGCCCUACCUCUUUCCCUAUCCCCACCCCUGCAGAAGGCAAUUGCUGGUUUUCUCCCCCAAUUCUUUUCCAAGUAGGUUUUGUUUACUCCCCAAAUCCCUGAGCCAGAUGUGGGGUGCCUACACUCCCAAACCCUGAGUGUCCAGCCUUCCCCGUUGAGUUUGAGUCUCUUGUGCUGUGCCUAGUGGCACCUGGGCUGGGGAAGGAUACUGCCCCUGUCUAGGUUUUUAUAAAUGUCUUACUCAAGUUCAAACCUCCAGCUUGUGAAUCAACUGUGUCUCUUUUCUGACUUGGUAAGCAAGUAUUAGGCUUUGGGGUCGGGGUGGGGAGGUCUGUAAUGUGAAACAACUUCUUGUUGUCUUUUUCCCCCCUCCCAUUGUUGUAAAUAACUUUUAAUGGCCAAACCCCAGAUUUGUACUUUUUUUUUUCUAACUGCUAAAACCAUUCUCUUCCACCUGGUUUUACUGUAACAUUUGGAAAAGGAAUAAAUGUCAUCCCUUUA